AUGGAAGGAAAUUCUUUUGCAAACCUCAUUCAAAGUACUGCUCUGAAAGAAUUAUCAAAAUUUACAGGUGAUCGUCAACGAAAAGUUACCCAAUAUAUCGAUGCAGUAGAGCACAUCGGGGUAUUCACUGAACUGAAUGAAUCGCUACUUCAUUCAACUGCUACAAUUAAGUUCGGAGGAGCAGCCUUUAAUUGGUAUGAUAACAACAAAGAAACAUUACGAUCUUGGAGAGAAUUAAAACAGAAUCUACUGGAGCUCUUAAAACCAUCCCUUUCUACUGCCAAAACACAACUAAAAGAACUCAAACAACAGUCUGGUGAAACACUCAUCGCCUAUUAUGAUGAUAUCAUCGAUUUAUGUAGACAAGUUGAUAAUAAUAUGCCGCUAUAUAUGAUUGUUGAUUAUUUACAAGAUGUUCUUCGUCAAGAAUAA